CCCCCGCGCCGAGGGAAGCAGCAGUAAGAGCCAGGCCGCCGCCAUAGCCGCUCCCCGGGCAACGAAGGAGGAGAAACCGGCGUACCAUUCUCUUUUCCUUUUUUCCUUUCUAUUUUUCUCUCUUUCUCUCUUGCGAUCCGCGAGCGAAGAUACGCGUUUCUUCCGCGGCGACGUUGUAACCUGCACCAGCUCUCUGCACGAGCUGUCCACUCGUCCAGCGACGCUGUUCGAGUAACAUCGAAGGGCAGACGGCAGCCGAGCAUCCGUCAGCGGAUCAUGUGACGCGGACCUGAACACGCUCGACGUUGCCCUUAAACGCGUGUGCUCGAUGACAGCGGGCGAAACGGCGCUGCCGACGACGUCGCCCGUGCUACGUCUUCGAUUCGCUGCGUGGAACGUGGACGACAACCGGUGCAAGUUGGUGCCAGUGCGCUAACCUCGAUUCCGUGGCAUCGCGACGUCACGAACCUCGCGGACUGCGUUCACCGCUCGAUCGCUAGCUCUCGCUGAGAUUACGCCGUGUGCGCGGUAAAGAAAGCAGCGGGUCGCCAAGCUCUCGCACGAGAUGCAAAGCUACGAUGACACCGGUCAUCGUGGAGAAACGACAGCCUGGAAUUAGUAAUCGGCCAAUAUCGACUAACGGUGGUAUCGUUUGAUGACUCGAAGCGACGCACGAGAACGUGGUCCGCGAUGAUGCUGAUCGUUCGUCGUCACUGCCGAACAUGCGUUGCAUCGUAAGUCGCUUUCAGCGAUCCAGCUUGCUUGCUUGCCUACGAUAUACGGCUGUCGCAAUCGUUCUGGUGACGUGAUUCCAAAGGAUCGUCCACUAGGAUGGUGGCGAGGGUCGUUGAGAUGGGAAAUGUUGACGCACGGCAUCCCCACGUUUCACAGCCUCGCUGCAUCGACGUGUUCGGCCAAGCAAGGCCGACGUUCUCGACGAGCUAAUUGAUUUAUAUCUUCGGGAAAGCCUGGCCGGUGAGCGAUCUCGGCGUCAUCGUUCGCUGCUCGGUAACAAAGCGACAGACGCUCGACGAGAUGGCCGAGAGAUCGCGCGAAUGAAAGAAGAGAGUAUAUCGGCUGAGUAUCCUUCGAGGGGAACAAAGAAGAGGAACACACGUGUUGCUCGAAUGCAAAGCAGCUUCUUAUACGUCGAGGCUGUCGUUGCGUGCUCGCCGCAGCCAAAAAGUUACGCGAGAUUGUGCAACGUGCGAAUCGAUAUCAUUCGGCGGAACGUCCGAGAGCGAUCCGAACAGCUAUCGUAUUUUACUUCUCGCGCAGAGGAUAAAAUUCUGGCCUGGUGCGACUUCUGUGCGCCACUGGAUGACCUUAACCUUUCGCGUUUCGGGGGAAGAAGUGGUCGAGGGAUUAGACGUCGGACAGGGAUCGUGGAGAAGCGUGAAAAUUCGAGAAAGAAUCCCCCUGCGACGUGACGGAUCUAAUUGAACGUAUAACUGUACGCUCUUAUCGACGAGCAGCCCGUAGAAGCAAGGGACGGAAGAAAGGAUGAGAGGCACGUUGACGCAUUCGUGCUGGAUUUUUAGGCGAACGAUCGCUGCACGCGUUUUGUACCGCGACGAUUUCUCAUCACGUACGCCACUAUGAAUCUCAUCGACCAACAUAGUGAUUCGUGCGCCGCCGAAUCGUAACGCAAUUACCAAGUGUCUUCUAAACGAUAAGCAUCGAUCAUCGACAUCGAACGAAUCUCUCCUUAUUGAGAAGCGCGCCGCACGACGGAAUAUUUAUACCGAAUAUUUCAACAGCCACUUAUUCGAUCGAAUACGAUCGGCGAAACAUUAUCCAUAACCGCAUACACGUAGAGCGAACAGACGCGCGAGUAACUACGUUCUUCUCACGAACGACAAACGUACGAGCCCCCGGUAUCGUCCAAGUUUCAUCAGCAACGGCCAACGUCGAAGACGCUCUUUGUAAACGAGUGCAGUCAGCGGCGCAUACAAACAGCUCAUUUGCAUUCUAACGAUAAGCAAACAUGACCGGACGGUUCGCCUAGGUUUGGAACGCAAGUCGGCGAUAGUUUGAUCGUUUCGGCAAGAUCGGUAGCGCUGAAACGUGGUGCACGUUCCGCGACUUUGGACACUGUGCUUGGGACUGAAGCGCGGAUCGGUGGUGUCGGCCGAUCGUGUUGAGUCAUCGUGUUGGGCCUGCGAUGAGUUCGGUUCAAGGAUAAACUCAACUUGUUGCGAGAGAACACACGUACACGAGGUGGGUGGCGGAGGAGGAGUAGAUGCGUGUGGAAGUGUGUCUUGACGUGAGGCGACGCUUUGGUGCGAAUGUGUGUCGGCUGGUGUGGUCGUUGGUGUCGCUGCUGAUGGUUGCAUCGCAGCCAGCCGUAAAGGAAUACGCUAUUUCGCGCGAGUGUCGGUACCGUGGCGUCGUGGAGGUGUCGUUGCUCGGUCGACCGGUGUCGAUUCCCUCGAUGAUCGAUCGACGACGCGGCCUCCGUUUCUUUCGAUCGAUUUCGCGACCGUGUUGUAUCGAGCGGCCUGGUCGUUCUCGCUCGUCCGUAUUUUCAACCGCGUCGCACACGAGAUGAGCAACGGGAGCAACGUGCUCGUCGAGCAUCGGUGUUGGUACCAUCGCGCUAUACAGCGCUUUGACGGAAGUUAAGCAUCGUGAUCGUUGUGAAGAGAGCAAAGGACGAAGGGGAGCAUCGAGUGGUUGGCAGCAGCAGCAGCAGCUCGUCGAAGAAAGCAAGCACGUGACACGAGUGCCGUGACCCGAGACACUUGUUGCACGGCUGCUGUCCCUUAAAGAGUCUGCUGGCUGCACGGCGUGUUCCUUCAACGCGACAGGAUUAGUCAACGUUGAAAGUAACUAGAAGGAGGAAGAAGGGAAAAGAAAGAAAAUAAGAGGGAAAUAAGAGGGACGUACGUGUCGUGAAUUCCGUCUAAUAUCGCGUUUCUUGCGACGUACUCGUGGCAUGCCGGCGGCGUUUCCUUUUAACGUGGUUCGCGAGAAGAGGAUCGUCCGUUGACGGGAUGAGAAAAGCACGAGCUGUAGUCGUGUGAUGCUGUCGAGGCGAUCGUGGAUUCGUCGUCGGCCAGCGAACGCACAGGCGACGCGUGGCUCUUUCUAGGAUCAGUGGAAUCGGAGUUUGGGGUUUCCGGGCGUAAAGAGGCAAGUGGAUACCGGCAAGAACGGAGAACAUGAACGUGAUUCUGCGUUUAGACCGGUGACACCGGUGGCGGUUGUGUGUGCGUGGCUAUCGUCGCUGGUAACUCCCAAUUAGCAGACUAUCACUGAGACGACGGAUAUCCUCACUCGGUGGAUAUCGUCGGGCUUGUAGACGGGGCGGGUUCGGCGAAGACAGGAAGAAAAAAAGACCGGAAGGCUGGAUCACCUCCGUGGAAUGUCUUCAGGCGCCAAGCGGCUGGUGCAGUCGCUUCGCGGCCGCAGCGGGGGUGGCAGGGGCAGCGGCGGUGGCCGCGGGGACGGCGGCGGAGGGGAAGGCGGCGGGGGCGGUGGCGGCGGAGCGAGCACCAGCGCGACCAGAUUGUGCCAUUACGAUAGCGGUCACGAGCUCGACGAGAUCUCGGUGGUUGGUGCCGCCAUCAGGGGCAGCGAGGGCCUUCCCACCCCCACGACCCCCUGUCAUUGCGGCGGCCUCAAGUAUGGCAGCGGGCAAACGCUUUACAGCAUCGCCGGCCUGGUGCCCCCUGCGCCCGCUGCACCUGCGCAUGGAGCCCAGUCAGACCCUGCUCAUCGAAUUUGGACUACGUAUGAAACCGUACUUGGCCAACCAAAUUAUUAUCCAAUGCGUAGACGCUCGAGCAUAAUCACAGGGAGUGGCGGCGGAGGAAGAGAUCGGUACAGCGGUGGUUCCGCUUCCGCUUUGAGCUGCGGCGGCGAGAAACUCCGCGAGGACAAACAAGGGAGGAUGCUGGAUGGCAAGACUGGGAUCAGAAGAGAGAAGGAAGAGGACACGAAGAGCGCUGACAACGUUUCCAGGGGUGCUAUACCUUCCAGGCAGAGCCUCCUGGAACUGGUCAGCAGCAAAUGCAUGAGCCGCCACACGCCCACUCAUCAUUAUUAUCAUCAGCAACAGCAGGUGUACUCGGUACCGCAGCGAUAUUUCAGUUCGUCCCGCGACUCGCUUCAGGGGGCUUACGUGAAUCGCGGCGCCAGUGAGUUCGACCUAAGCCGCAAACCGAAGAGGAGGGACCAGCUGAGGGGCAGAUUCAAGCUGCCAUACACCGUCGCGCUCACUUCUUCGCGCGACCAGUCGCACCUGCACACGCCAGCAUCCGUCAAUCAUCUCAGCAAUAGCAGCUGUAACGGCACCGAGACUAGGUAUACGGCGCAGCAACAGCAGCAACAACGUGGUAACAGAGGCUACCCUGGACAAGCAGGAACAAAGGGUUUUCGUACGGGUGCCCCUAAUUGGUCCUUCAUCUUCGAUCCCGCGGGACGUCUCUGUUAUUACUGGUCGAUGGUGGUCUCCCUUGCCUUUCUCUACAACUUCUGGGUCAUCAUCUACAGGGUCGCCUUCCAAGAGAUAAACGGCGAAACGCGCUGGGUGUGGUUCUGCUUGGACUACUUUUCCGAUUUUUUAUACGUGCUGGACAUAGUGUUUCACAUUCGAACCGGGUACUUAGAGGACGGUGUCUUGCAAACGGACGCGACGAAGCUGCGAAAUCACUAUACAAACAGCACUACGUUUUACAUGGACAUCCUGUGCCUGCUGCCCCUCGACUUUUUAUACUUAUCUAUAGGAUUCAACAGUAUACUUCGAGGUUUUAGGCUCGUGAAAAUAUACCGGUUCUGGGCGUUCAUGGACAGAACCGAGCGACACACCAACUAUCCGAAUUUAUUCCGCUCCACAUCCUUGAUACAUUAUUUACUGGUGAUCUUUCACUGGAACGGGUGCCUCUAUCACAUUAUCGAUAAGAACAACGGCUUCGGCAGUAAGAACUGGGUAUUCAGCGACUCGGAGACCGCGGACGUGGUGAAGAAAUAUUUGCAGAGCUACUACUGGUGCACGCUGGCCCUCACCACCAUCGGUGACCUGCCCAGGCCGAGGAGCAAGGGCGAGUAUUUGUUCGUGAUAGCUCAGCUGCUGUUUGGUCUGCUGCUGUUCGCCACGGUGCUAGGACACGUGGCCAACAUCGUCACUUCCGUCAGCGCGGCCAGGAAGGAGUUCCAGGCAAAGCUGGAUGGUGUGAAAACGUACAUGAGAAUGAGAAGAGUGCCAAAGCAUCUACAGGUGAAGGUGAUCAAGUGGUUCGACUACCUUUGGUUGACGCAGAAAUGCUCGGACGAAGAGAAAGCUGUCAGCUGUCUUCCCGACAAGCUGAAGGCCGAAAUUGCGAUAAACGUGCACCUGGACACGCUACGGAGGGUGGAGAUCUUCCAGAACACGGAGGCUGGCUUCCUGUGCGAGCUUGUACUAAGACUGCGACCAGUUCUUUUCUCACCUGGCGACUAUAUUUGUCGCAAAGGUGAGGUAGGCAAGGAGAUGUACAUAGUGAACAGAGGCCGGCUGCAGGUGGUGGCUGAUAACGGGAAGACAGUGCUGGCUACCCUUAAGGCUGGUUCCUACUUCGGGGAGAUCAGCAUUCUCAAUAUGAGGACUGCAGGUAAAGAGUGCGUUGGUGUUCAAAUAAAAAGGUCACAUAGAAGGGUGUUUCGUAACCGGCGAACAGCCAGUGUACGUUCGGUGGGCUACUCGGACCUCUUCGUCCUCAGCAAGAAGGACAUGUGGGACGUUCUGAAGGAGUAUCCCGCGGCUAGGAUCAGACUGGAAGCCAUCGCGGUGAAGAGAUUGGAAAAAUACAAGAGGGCUCCUCUCGAGAAAGCUGCAAUGGGACGAUGCCAAAGCACGCCAGGCCUCGUGGAGUCACAAGGUCGUAUACCGUUGGAGGAGAUGUGGGUUUCACCGGUGGACACCAAGUCCACUCACGCGUACUCGGCUGGUCACUCGUUGUUCUCCCCCAGCCCUAGUCCGGUGACGUCGCGCGGCUUGCCCAGCACCGCCAGCAACGUCAACGCGAGCAACGUUGCGAGGAGCAUGGAUAGUCCGAUGAGUGCCACCAGCAGCGGCCACAGCAGCGAGGAUCAGACAGCCAGGGCACCGCAAUCCGCGGCCACACAGCCAUCCACCGGCAGACAGUCCACCCACUCUGGCAUAACCAGCAGCAUGACGCAUUUAGUGAGCGAAGGUGCCACGCCACUUUUAGGCACUAACGAAGCUUUAUUGGCUGAAAUUAAACGUCUUCGGGAACGUCUGGUUUGUUUGGAGUCUGAAAACGCAGUAAUGAGCGCUAAACUGAAUCAACAACAGUGGGAAGUUGAGAAUCGAUUGGCUGAAAUCGAGAUGCAGAUUUGCGGUGCCAGCUCGUCUUCCAGUUUAGAAGAUAACAACGAGCGAAAUCGAGAAAGUAUCAUUUAACAAGAAACAAGGCCGCGAGAGCGCGGCAAAACAAAGAUAGCGCGAA